CGUCUCUUCAAAAGGGCCACGCCUUGCUAACUGGCCGCUAUUAAGGCACCACAUUUAUUACCGGAUUCAACUGAGCUCGACAGAGAGCCAUACAACACAAAUCAAAUAACAGUUUUGCUAUUUGAAAUAACUAAGCUUGAGGGCUAUUAAGAGUUCAACGUCGUAAAUAGUGAAAAGCUACGUUACACACGGUUUUUGGUGCAGCUCAAAUGAACUAACUGAAUGAGGUGUGUCAAUUAACUCAGCAUUUCAUUGCAAAAACAUUUACCGACUCAAUUUUAAACGAGCAAUGUGGCGUGCGCAAUGAACGUAGCGUGUAAGCCGCGCCUCGUUCACAGUGCUUGCUAAUGGGCUGGCCGCGAAGCCUCUUCAUUUGAAUAAUGGCGAGUGCCUGCGGUUGGGUUGGUGCCUAAGCAACAAGACAGUGAUCGGAUAUCCCGUGAUUUCGUUUGGUCCGAGCUGCGGUGACAGUUUACGUUCGCUACUGACGUUUGCGUGAAACCACCUGAUUGCUUUUGUUAAGGGUCUCAGUGGACCUGGUACGUUACGCUCUCUGUUUAUUUUCUAUAUUCACGAGCGCACGCAACCAUGUGCCAAUGUUCUUCUCGGUCCAGCUCCUAAUAUCCUUUAUUAUGGAUCUCAGCAAACGACAUCAGUGCACUGGAACGACGACAACAGUGAAGAUGAUAUGCUUAAUCACAUCAAUUCUGACUGUCAUAUUGGGAGUGUCAGGUGAGCCAUCAUCCUCACGGCGUCCGCAUAUGUUCACGGGAUCGGUGAUGUUCGCGGAUGUGGACGCAUCAUCUUCGAUCACAUCGCCCGGUGCGCCGCAUUUUGCGGAACUCAUCCGAAAUGUCACGGUGCCGUUGGGUCGUGAGGCCGUCUUAUCUUGCGUCAUCAACAAUCUGGCAGAGUACAAGGUUGGCUGGCUGAGGGCUGACGACCAAACAAUUUUGAGUCUCCAUCGUCGUGUGGUGACGCACAAUCCACGCGUUUCCGUGACUCACGACGAGUCACGCACCUGGAACCUGCACAUUCGACAAAUCAAAGAAUCCGAUCAAGGAUGUUACAUGUGUCAGAUCAACACAGCCGUGAUGAAGAAGCAAUUAGGUUGCAUUCAAGUUCAGGUGCCUCCGGAUAUAGUCGACGAUCGGAGUACGAGUGACGUCACUGUGAACGAAGGCGACAACGUGACGCUGACGUGCACGGCCACGGGCAAACCGACACCGAGGAUCGUGUGGCGUCGCGAGGACGGCCAAAAGAUCGUCGUAUUUCGUCCCAUGCCCCCGACGUCGCAAUCCAAUCACAACAAUCACCAUGGAAUGAAAACAUCCUCCGGCGGGAGUAUCGUGCCCGCCAACGCAACAGCAACAACAAUCGAUGACGCUAUUGUUCCUGGAUUGCAGACUCAUCACCAACAUCAGCAUCAAGCAAUUGCAGUCCCCAUGACAAGGGAACGAUCCAAAGUGGAAGCAUAUCACGGUGAGACGCUGAGACUGUACCGCGUUACACGCCAAAUGAUGGCCGCCUACAUGUGCAUCGCCUCCAACGACGUACCGCCCGCCGUCAGCAAGCGAGUCCCCCUCAACGUCAACUUUCCACCGUUGGUGACAUCUUCGAUGAAUGUGGUGGGUGCCCUGCUGGGCACUGAUGUCCGUCUGACUUGCCAAGUCGAAUCGCAUCCGCCGAGCAUCAACUACUGGAUGAAGGGACGACAACAAGACCAACACAACACGAUCCUGCCGAGCGCUAAGUACAGUAUCGACGGUGAAAGAGGUGGGACUUCCAGCUACAAGACGAGCAUGUCGUUAAUCAUCCACAACUUCCAGCCACAAGACAAGAGCGCUUAUAUUUGCGUAGCCGCAAACUCACUCGGCACAGCAGAAGCCUCAAUUCAAAUCUACGAAGUGGCGAGAGCAACGUCCGGCCCGACACCGACCAUUCGUUCGGCGAUAUCCACUUUAGGUGCUACUAACGAUUUCAUUAUCAACGACGAUAAUGAAGACGAUGGAGAGGAAGAAGAGGAAGACGAUGGUGAUGGUCAUCAAUCAACUAAAGGACGGCCGAAUAACAAUGGCGUAACGGGCCAAAAGGCCCACACCAACAAGAAGAAACAUUCACGUCACCAAAAACAUGAGACGUCGUUGUCGCCAAUGUCCAUGUCUCCUAGUGACGAGUACGGGGAUAGAAAACAAGAGCAACGCGAUGAGACGGCUAAUCAGAUCAGAAGAGGCAGUUCUUCCGGUGCUGUCCCUCGCAUCCAGGCAGCCCUAUCGUUCAUUCGUUAUCCGCUCGUCGUUUUUCUCUUAUUUGUUUUUGCUGUAUAGUUUUUUUUUUAAACUUUUGUGCCGGUGAUAUCAUAUCUCUCAGUACUUAUGCCAGUAGUGAAGAACUAUUGGACUUCAAUUAUUUAAAAAGAAAUCUACAAUGUUUGAUGUAUCAAAAUAUAAUUGGUCGUUUUGCGUCAGGCCUGAUCACGCCAUUUCAAAAACGCAUGCGGCCAAUAGUGAAACAUGUAAUGGACGCUAUCUGAUUUUCAUUAUACAGAUUUUGAUCUUGUUUCCAAUCAAUCCCAAUAAGAGUAACCCACUGAGAGAAAGACGUUGAAAGAUGUGAGCUGCUGUGGGAAGCUUGAAAUCUUCAUCACUAGCAUCAGGUGUAAAGUGAGUGAUGAAUCUACAUAGCUACUCUUGUCAAAUAUCUCACGUUUAUAUGUUGGUUUGUUUUAACAAUACCGAAUUUGCCAAUUCUUCUAUUUACGUUUUUCUUUUCCGGCAUUUCAAGCCAAAAAGUCAUGUGUGGUAUUCUUCUUGUU